CACUGGGGGGAGCAGGGACAGCAAGACAUAAAGGGGCUGCCUGUGCAAGCUGUAAUUCUGGCAUUGGGAGACUAACUGGAAAAUCUGCAGUUCACCUCUGCAAUGCCCUAAUGCACCAUACACCAGCAGAAAGCAUCUAAACUUCUCUUAUCCCAGACUACUGUCCUGGCAGAAUGACACACCUGGACAUGUCACAUUUGGUGCUGAGUUUCCUGCUGACAUCGCUUCUAAUUACCUCAACUUUUGCUGAAAACUCAGCCGAAGACCACAAAACCUUGAAAGUGACAAUUGGCACUCUCCCAAGCAAAGCAGUUUUGGCAGGUACCCUUACCAUCCCCUGCCAUAUUACAAACCAGUCACCAUUAGAUGCUACCAAUGUUGGUCGACGAGCUGUUCUAGCCAUGCCAAGGGUAAAAUGGAGUUUUAUGUCUGAUGGAAAGGAAGUGGAAAUCUUGGUGGCCCGUGGCCAUAAAGUAAAGAUCAGUGAGGCAUAUAGGUAUCGCGCCUCUUUACCAUACUACUCAUCUUCAGAUAAUAACGUGACUUUGGUUCUAAAAGAGCUGAGAACUAAUGACUCAGGAAUUUACAGAUGCUAUGUUCAGCAUGGAAUUGAAGAUAAUCAUGAUACUAUAGAGGUGAAGGUAAAAGGUGUUGUAUUCUUGUAUAGAGAAGGCACCACACGCUAUGCUUACACAUUCUCCAUGGCCCAGGAAGCAUGCUCCAAGAUUAAGGCCCACAUUGCUACAGCUGACCAGCUUUUAGCAGCUUAUCACAGUGGUUAUGAGCAGUGCGAUGCAGGAUGGAUUGCCGAUCAAACCGUGAGAUACCCAAUACAGACACCUCGUGAGGGCUGCUAUGGAGAUAUGGAUGGGUAUCCUGGUGUCCGGAAUUACGGUGUUCUAGAUCCAGAUGACAUGUAUGAUGUCUACUGCUAUGUGGAAGAAUUGAAUGGUGAAGUAUUUUUAGGUUCAAUGCCCAAUAAACUUACAUUUGCAGAUGCUCAGACUUACUGUAGGUACAGGGGCUCAACUGUGGCAACUACUGGUGAACUCUAUGCUGCAUGGAGCGACGGACUGGACUACUGCAGCCCAGGAUGGCUGUCUGAUGGAAGUGUACGGUACCCCAUUGUUACGCCAAGUGAGCGGUGCGGGGGGAACACCCCUGGUGUUAAGACAAUCUUCCAAUUCCGCAAUCAGACAGGGUUCCCAGAUACUCAAGCAAAAUAUGACGUCUACUGCUUCAAAGAAAAAGGUUUAUUUUCAACUCAAAGUCCUGAAGAUAAUGACGUUGCUGCAGGAGUUGGUACAAUUAUUACAGUGACAGAAAGUUUUGAAGAAUUGAAGCUAUCAGAAGUAAAAGGUGAAAAUGAAGCUCAGGGUUUUGUUGAUUCUUUACCACUAAACAAGACAAGUGAUAUAAAGCGGUGGGAUGAAGAGAGAGGAAAAGGACAUGAAACCACAACUAUCACUCAGGAUCAUUCAACACCACAGCCACAUCUUCAGAUGUCAACCUCAGAAAGUGCCAUUAGUCACAAAGACCUAGCUCAGCCUAGUGAGAUUGAUAUCACUGAUUCAAAUGAAGAGGACUCUUCCCAGGACUUCAGAGAAGAAGACCUGCCAAUGGAAUUUACAACUGAGCUCCAUCAAGAUCAUUCUUUAGAUAGCUCAUUUAUGUCCAUUCCAGAGAACCAAACUGUUUCGUUCAUCCAAGAAAAAAAUGGAAGAAUGUUAGAGGCCAGUCCAGAAAUCCCUACAGAGUUUACUCCAGGUGACUUAGAUGAACCAUUUGUGAAUUUAGAGACAGGAAAUGAUCAUGGUAUGAAUAAUUUCACUGACUCAACACAAAAUGUUGGCUUUGUUGUAUCAGAAAUGGCAAGUCAGACUCAUAAACCUUAUAUUCAUAAAGAACCAUACUCUAUAUCAUAUUCAGGAAAUGAAACUCAGAGAGACAAUAAAAGUUUUACAGAAACAAGUAUAAAUAAUAAUUACAUUAGUUCAGUGCUAAAUAGUCAUCUUGAAAUGUCUACUAUGAAAACAAUGGCUGACCCAACACAACGUACACAUGACUUUGAAGGGCAGGUUGAACUUGUUUCAGAUAAUUUAGCUCAUAUAGAAAGUGAAACACAAAUACCUGGUUCUGUUAGUUAUACUGAUGAUUUUCAAAUGUUCCCAGUCACAAUGUCUGAUAUUCCUAGCUUAUACACAUCUUCUAACAAAUUUACACCUGAGGUUAAGGAUUUUGAAUCAUCUGGAUAUGGAAACCAUGGAGUGUUUACAGGCGAAUUGUUAAGCGGGAGCACUAAUCCCAUUCACCGUUCAUUAGACGACUUGGUCACCAGUAAUAUCUCUGAGUUAUCAAACGGCAAACUUUCUCUUCUCAGUGACUAUUCAGACAUUUCUUUUGACAUGAAAACAUUGGAAGCAAGACAGAUGACAACAGCCACACCAGAUUCCAAUUUAAUAAGUCAUAACCGUUCAAAAUCCUACUUGGAGGAUGGUAGUGGGGAGAUUGAUGGGUCUGCUUGGACAGAACAAACUGUAAGGACCAUGGUGGAUAUAAAUUCUACCCAUGAUAUGAACACUACUAUAGCACCAUUACUUCAGCAUCCAGAAGAUACCACAACCCAUCAUGAGAUGACACAAUUUACAAAUAAUGUCAAUAAUUCAAGUACAUUAUAUGGAAGAAAUCAUUUUGACUUGCCUAAUAAAUUGCCUGGGGAACAAGAAAGGUCAACAGUAGACGUCUCACAUCUAAAAAGUCCAUACAUCUCUGCUGAUGUGUCAACGUUAAAAGGCGUCCAAGUAGAACAGACAUAUACCCAUACCCAUAUAUCUACAACUGCAGCAAGUAUGUUGGAGAACCUAAAGCCUAAAACAAAUAUAGACCCAACUGCAUCUUCCUUUUACACUGAAUUAUCCACACAAAGGGUCUCUGUACCUCCGACUAUUCGUCCUCGAGAUACCUCAAGCCACAAUUUGGAAAAAACUCCUGACGCAAACAUGUCUCUUAGUGCAACUGAUCCUUUACCUGCAGUACCGACAGAGAAGGCAAUUCUGGGAGCCUCAAUAAAUACGUCAGAUCACUGCUUUCCAAACCCUUGUGAAAAUGGAGGGACCUGCAUUGAGGAUGAUGACGGUGACUUCAGCUGCCUGUGCUUGCCAGGCUAUUUGGGGAAACUCUGUGAUACGAAUAUAGAGAAGUGCUUGGAUGACUGGGACACAUUCCAGGGAUUUUGCUACAAGCACUUCCAUACGCGUAAAAGCUGGGAAGAUGCUGAGACACACUGCAGGGAUUACGGAGGACAUCUGGCCAGUAUCAUGACUCCUGAAGAACAGGACUUUGUUAACAACAAAUACAGAGAGUACCAGUGGACUGGGCUUAAUGACCGGACCAUAGAAGGAGACUUUCAAUGGUCAGAUGGAAACCCUCUGCUCUAUGAAAGUUGGAACCAUGGUCAACCAGACAGCUAUUUCCUCUCUGGGGAAAACUGUGUUGUUAUGGUGUGGCAUGAUGGUGGCCGCUGGAGUGAUGUGCCCUGUAACUACCACCUUCCAUACACCUGCAAAAUGGGUUUAGUUUCCUGUGGGGCCCCUCCAGAAGUGGCUAAUGCUACUACAUACGGCAGACCAAAAAUACGAUACCAGAUCAACUCUGUCGUGGGUUACCGUUGCCAGGAUGGGUUUAUUCAACGUAAUUCCCCUAUUGUCAGGUGUCAAACUGAUGGCUUUUGGGAAGAUCCACAAAUUAAUUGCAUUUCCAUAACUCAAUGAUGUGAAUAUCUGUGGUUAUGCCACAAACCUACCCCUUAUCCUAAGAUAUUAUAUCCCCCUGACUAUCAACAAUGUAAUCUCUCCCCUCAAUAUUUGGCUGCAGAAGGAUCCAACAAGGGAUACAAACCAAAAUCCUUUGCACCAUAAGAAAUUGACACUUGAAUUUGAAGAAGAAAUUAGGACAACAGGAAGUUUAACCCUUUUUCAUCCAGAUAACUGCAACAUUCUCAGUAAUGAACAAUAAAACACAACAUUUUAUGGUUUAAGGGGUGUAUUUAAUAUUGAAAUAGUAGAAAUCAUAUCACAUGAGGGUGUAUUGUUUUAUAAAACAGCAGUUUAAAAAUUGUGAGUUUGGGACAGGAAAGAUUCAAAACACAUAAUUCCCCUUUUAUUAUUGGAAAUCAUAUUAGUUAUACCUUGGGGCUAGAUAUGUCUGAAAGCUCGAUGGUACUCCAUAUCAACAAAAUAUAUUUUCUUUUUAUAGGAUUUUUUAUUGCACCUUAUUUCAAUGGACUAUGUUUAAAGCAUAUUGGUUUAUUUUGAAUCAAAGAGAUUGGUAAAUAAUAGGAAAAAAGUUUAGUUUUGACUUUAAUGUGAAGUCUGGUUUGGUUACAGUCACAGCACAUAAAUUCCCCCUGCACUGAACGUUGCAUACUGGCUAAAUUAAUGGCUACCAUGUUAAAUAUAUGGGAAGACUUUGCAUUCACAUGAAGGGUGAUAUGAAUGUACAACUCAUAAGAUAGAAUAGCACCAAAAGUUUAAAGUGUGCUUCUAUCUUUAAUAAGGAUUCUGAAUUGGAUUUUUUCUAUCAUGUACAAAUGCCAGUCUGAAUUUGAUUCACGAUAAUUAGACUAUACUUUUUUGGACGAGAGUCUCCUUUUUUCCAGGGUGCACAUAAAUGUCUAGUGCUUUUUAUAAAUUUUUGUACCAGUAUUCCAUGUAUUUUUUAUUGGCUCUAACGUACAUUGUGUCAUAGCAAAAAGAUAGUAAUAAUAAUAUUAAUAAUAAUUAGA